AUGAGGAACUUGGUCAUACUCAACAAAGGAAAUAUCGUACCUAGUUCCCAAUACUAUCCUGAAACAGGGCCAGAAAAUGUUUCGUAUAAGGCUGUGUUCGAUGUAGUUUCCGACUCCAUUACUUUUGCAUUAACUUUGAUCAAUGAAGGCAUCAUUGAGAUCCAACAGUACUUAAAGACAGGAGACGUCAACUUGUUGGCAAAUUUUCCUAUUUCAGACCCAAAUUCUUCACUUAUAUCAUUCACACACUUUGUCGAAAUGUCCCAGUUGAUUUUAAUUUACGACAAUGGAGAUAUCAUCCUGAUCACUUAUGAUCUUAGUAACUUGGAUCCCGAUAGUUCAAUUAUUGAAAUUGUUGGAUCAAUUGACGUGGGGUUGAAGACUGCCAGCUGGUCCCCAGAUGAGGAAACUUUAAGUUUAUUGACUCAAGAAAACAACUUGAUUCUUCUUUCGAGGUCUUUUGAACCCAUUGUAGAGAAGAUGUUGAAUCCCAAUGAUAUCAAGAUUUCUAAAGCCAAACACGUCUCAGUGGGUUGGGGGAAAGCUGAAACUCAAUUCAGAGGUAAAGGAGCCAGAGCUUUGGAAAGAGAAAAAGAAGCGUUGAAACAUGCUGGAUUGGAUCUUAAAGAUGACAGUUCUCAAUUUAGAGAUCCUACUGUUGCCCAAAUUCAACAAGGAACUAUUUCCGAGUUCGAUAACCUGUCUUGCAAAAUCAGCUGGAGAGGGGACUGUGAAUUUUUCAGUGUUAUUACGAAGGAGGAAGUCAUAAUUGAAGAUACGGACGAAAUGUAUGCCAGAAGAGUCAUCAGAGUGUUCAAUAGGGACGGAGAAUUGGACUCUGUUUCAGAAGCUAUUGAUGGGUUAGAACAUAACUUGGCCUGGAAGCCACAAGGCUCCCUAAUUGCCUCUACUGCCAGACAUAUCACAGAAGAAGGAAAUGCCCAAUUGGAUGUGAUAUUUUAUGAGAGAAACGGAUUGAGAAGAGGCGAGUUUAAUACAAGAUUAGAUUCUAGUUUCGAACUGAUUUCGGAUAUCCAGUGGUCUAGUGACUCAGAAUUAUUGGCUUUUCAAUUGUAUGAUAGAGUCCAAUUAUGGACAACCAAAAACUACCAUUGGUAUUUAAAACAGGAGAUAUUUGUCAACCAGACUAAUGAGUUUAACACGGUUCUGUUCAUUCAAUUUCACCCAGAAAAGCCUCUCCAUUUAAUGAUUGGUACGUCUAUGGAAGGAGUUUCUAUUGUCGAUCUUGCCUACAAAGUUAGUUCUGGACCAACUAUCUUGGGAGAUGAUAUUGGUAUUUCUUUGGUGACUGACGGUUCUCAAAUCAAAUUAACACCUUUCGGAAUUGCCAAUGUUCCACCUCCAGCAUCUUUCAGAGAAUUGGAUAUUGGGUCUUUCAACAUCAACGACCUGGCUAUCAGCAAGAAUAACGAAUAUUACGCUCUAUCCACUAGUUCUGGAGACGUUAUUUUGAGCUAUAUGAGGGUCAAUCUGUUGAAGAGUAAACACCCCAAGGUUGUUUCAACUAUCAGCAGGUCCGAGUUUCUAGGACCAGAUGAGUUUAUCAAACAAGUGGCAUUUAUCAACAACUCACUUUUGGGAGUUUUAGUUGACGGAGUGAACUACUCCAAGGUCAUAAUUUACGAUGUUUCCAACUUAAAGAAUGCAGUAUUUUUGGAUGCUUUUGACUUUGAAACCAAAGUGGUUUUGAUCAGAGCUAGAUCAGACUUCAACGCAUUGAUCUUGGAGUCGAUUACUGGUUCAGUCUCUCAGAUCGAUGAGUCGUUGACUAUCACAGAUGUGGUAAGUUUCCCACAAUUAUGCCGUGAUCUAGAAGUUGUGGUUAAUGCAACGGGAACUUUAACAGCUUUUGGAAUCUCGGCCAAUGGUAAGUUGUUCGCCAACGACACCCAAGUGGCCGUGGGUGUUACUUCUAUCAAGGUGACAGAAUCUCAUUUGUUGUUCACAACUGCCCAAUCCAAGCUUUGUUUCAUACACUUGGAUUCUGCCACUGAUAACUACAAAUACGAUAUUUUCAACUCUGAGUUUGAGAACCAACUUGUUGAUGAAAGAAUACGACAAAUCGAAAGAGGUUCUAUUCUCGUAUCGAUAAUACCUUCAACAUAUUCGGUGGUUUUACAAGCUCCAAGGGGAAACUUGGAAACCAUCAACCCAAGAAUCAUGGUGUUAUCGGGAGUUCGUAAGUUCAUUCAAGCCAAAGACUACAAACAAGCAUUUUUGGCUUGCAGAGUUCACAGAAUCGAUUUGGACAUUUUAUAUGAUUACGAUCCAUCAUUGUUCUUAAACAACUUGGAAAGUUUUGUCAAGCAGAUUGAAAAAGUGGACUACCUUGAUUUAUUUGUCUCUGGGUUACAUGAAGAAGAUGUCACAUUAACCAAGUACAAAGAUACUUUGAAGGAAUCAGAUAAUUCUGAGUUGAUGAAUGAGUUUCAAGCUCUACAAGUUAAUGGCAUUGAAAAUCACCGAAAAGUCAUAGAAAACAAAGACAAGAACAUUUACAACAAGGACUCUAAGGUUAAUAAAGUGUGCGAGGCGGUUUUGGCAGUUCUUCAAAAACCGGUAUACUUCGACAAAUAUUUGCAAACCAUCUUAACUGCGUAUGCAUGUCAAAAACCACCAAACUUGUCAGACUCCUUGAAAUUGAUCGGAACAUUCAAAUCUGCUGAGCAAAUUGAACAAUCAGUAAUCCACUUGUGUUUCUUACUGGAUGUUAACAAGUUGUACAAUACUGCAUUGGGAUUAUACGAUGUCAAAUUGUCAUUAGUUAUUGCGCAACAGUCUCAAAAGGAUCCAAAGGAAUACUUGCCUUUUCUACAAAACUUGCAUAUUCAACCCUCAAAGAGAAAGGAGUUCUUAAUUGAUGACCACUUGAAGAAUUAUGAGAAGGCCCUUGACUGGUUGUACCAAUUAGGAGACAAAUCUAAAAGUGAGUUUGAUGACUAUGUAAUUGAGCACACAUUGUAUAAGAAAGCCUUAUACAUCUACAACUACGAAAAUAACAAGGAAAGGUACAACGAGACCUUGCACAUGUUUGCCCAGCAUUUACGUAACGAGAAGAACUAUGCCGAAGCUGGGUUCAGUUUCGAAUCGUUGGGAGAAUUGGAAGAAGCUCUCGAAUGUUAUAUUUUCAGCAAAAACUGGAAAGAAGCUUUAUCUAUUGCUACCAAUCCUUCUUUCGCCGAAGAUAAGUUAGUAGAGUCUUGUGAAUCAUUGAGUGAUGGGUUAGUACAGGAUCACAGAUACUCGGAGGCUGGGUUCAUUCAGUACAACUUUUUGAAUAAUGUCAAUGAGGCUAUGAGAUUAUACUGUAAGCAUUACAACUACGAUAUGGCAAUUCUUUUGGCAGUCAAAGAAAAACAACCCGAGUUAGUGGAAAGUAUUGUCGACUCUCAGUUGAAUGAAGGAUUUGGUUCUGUGGCCGAACUUCUUGCUGACUUCAAGGGACAAUUGAACUCCCAAUUAAGAAGAUUAAGAGAGUUGAGAGCGAAGAAGGCCGAAGAUCCAUAUGGCUUUUAUGGAAUUCCAAAUGAAGACCUUGAUGUCCCUGAUAAUGUGUCUAUUGCUCCAUCUGAAACAUCUACAGCCCCAUCCUUCUUCACCAGAUAUACCGGGAAAACUGCUGGGACUGCCAAAACAGGUGCAUCUAGAAGAUCUUCUAAGAAUCGUAAGAGAGAAGAAAGGAAGAAGGCCAAGGGGAGAAAAGGUACUAUUUAUGAAGAAGAAUACCUUAUCAGGUCAGUCGGGCGUUUAAUCGACAGAAUGGAACAAACUCAGCCUGAUGCCAUUAAGUUAAUCGAAGCGUUGAUCCGAAGGAACAUGAAAGAAAAAGCAUACCAACUUCAAAAGAACUGGCUCGAGUUGGUGGAAUUCUUGAAACAAAAUUGUGAAGAAAUUUACAAGAUGGAAGAAAGAGACAGAGAAAGAAUCGAUGAUAGUGGAGAAAUCUACUUGAUUCCUGAAAUUCCUGUUCCAAAGAUAAAUGAUUUCCCCAUCAGCCAUACCCUAGACUAUUAA